CAGUCUUCCACGCAGGAGUGUGGUCAAGAAUUUAAGAAUUCUCACCUUGAACAAAAUACUUACUUUACUUGGGGGCAUACUCUGCAUAGCUAUAAGAAAAGCCUUGCGGAUACUAGCGGCUUUAAGGCUACUGCUAAUUCUUUUUCUAAUUUCUUGCUCAGAACCACCCUCCUGCAUUAGUCGUGCUACGAAAAAGAAAAACUACAACGCUACAGCUAUAUUGAGUCUACCUAUAUAUAUAAUAACUCCUACUUCCUACAAUUACAAAGAAGCCUCCACGCAGUUACUACCCCACUUUAUUAACUUCAUACAAUAAAGCGUAGUUAUGUUGAGAUUUCGGACAGAGUAUCUUGGUCGUGAGUUCCUCUAUGUAUGCUAGCAGGUGCAAAGUCGUACUCAAUUGAAUCCGUCUAAGAAUGUGGAACAUUUGCGGGAGCUUCGAGCGGAAACGCCUAGGGAGAAAACGUCACUCAAAAAGCUUUGCAAGCUCAACUUCAAGCUGUUCCGUUGGACAUGGAAAAAGUGGAAAAGUGAGGAGACCUGCGUGAUGAAUCUCAGCAAGGGCUCCUGGGUUUAUGAAGAGUUUGCACUGACUAGUAGUAAUGUGGUAUAAAGUGCAUCACUUCCAUCCUUCCAUAUUCUAUUCCUAGUUUAGCCAUGUUGAUUGCCUAAUGUUAUAAUGAAGAACUUAAUAUAUUGAUUGUUGGAGCGGCCGCUUGAAGUCCGCGCCCUCGACUAAAGUGAGCGCUAUCUCGAGAAGACCAUGAUCUAGUGAAGAUUGACAUGUAUUAUUAAGAACAAUGAGACGUCUAGUGGAAGUCUUAGUGAUGCUACUGCUUUUGCCCUCGUCCUCUUGUCCUUAAGAAGGGACUCACGCUCUCAGAAACAGAAAGGAGCGGACGGCGUUCUUGUCUAAUUUCGCUUCGUUUACGACAAUAAGGGCUGGCUCACAUCGUACACGCCAGGAACGCAGACGAUGGAUUUUUAUCAGUUUCCCUAAGACAACCAAGACAGCAUCCACCGGCACUAUGAUCCUUGGCUACUUUCCAAAAGGGAAAGGGCGCCAAGGAUGGGGCGAUGGAUGCGACUGCGGUAGCUCUAAUUCUUGGAGAGUGAAGACGAAUACAAGACAAUAAUCGAGGAUGGGUUUGCGACGUGGUGGGGUAUAAAAUCUGUUACCUUCUACCACUGCCAUCAGUGACCUUCGUUGCUGAAAUCUUUCAUGCCAUGCGGAAUAAAAAUUCUGCCUGUGAGUAGUGCGACUCAGUAAACACUUUUCACCCUCCGCGUUCUUCGUAUUCCUUGACAGUGUAGAUGCACCGUAAGACGAAUGCUCUACUUCGCCUGUUCAAUACUUGGCCCCUGGAGCAGGAUUCCACUCAGUUCCCUAUUCGAGUGGGCUUCGAUCUUGCCGAUGUAUUUAGAAUGGGCGAACAGGACCAAGCAGGCAGAAAAGCCUCGGGCUAGGUUUUUGGUUUUUCGUCGAAGCAUAGAGACGCCUGAUGCGUUUGAAGUAUAAGGCAGGUCUUCGCUGUCAUGUCAUACCGCGCAUUGUUAACGUCGACGACGUACUUUCCUAGCUAUAGCUAUGAUUACUCGGCCGCCCUCUAUCUUUAUCCUUCAAGUGGAACACGCGCGACAGAAUAGCAACGACCCCGACAGGCCUAAGCACUUACCCCGUAGCGCUUUCCUCGCUGAGUUUUCUACCUCUAUAAAACUCAACAGAUUGGGAGGGGCCUCGACAGUGUUCAGCAGCCUUCCUCCAUUGCUUCGCGCCCCUCGCUUUUCUUUGAGUCUUAGCACCCGAGUAGGUAGCUAAAGCUAUGGCGACCCUAAAAAGUUAACUCCCUGGCAGAUUCUGUAUGUUGGGCUCUUCCUCCUCCAGUGAAUGAACACGCUAAGUACCAAAAGUUUUCUUGGGUUGAGUGGUGUUUAUUCAAAUGCAUAAAACGCCUGCUGAAAAGGAAAGCGCCAAAGUGUUUUGGUCUUGUGUGUGUUUUCAAUGCGUUGCUACUUCAGUUCGUUUUUCUUUUAAGCACUUAACUACUCAGCUAAAUCACUCCAAGGCGUUCGCUUUUCUUAUGGCUCAACUCUCAACAGAUCGCCAGCAAACAACUCAAACUGAUUGACGCAGUUACCGCGCAAGAAUUCACGAGCAACCUCGUUACUGGUGAACGCUUGUCGUAGCGUUCCCCAGAUUACAUUCGUUCUCGGACUCUUGUGCCUGUUUGGACUCUUUAUGUAGGUUAUUGUUGAGCUGUUAUCGUUAAAAGUGCAAGGCUUAAGCUUACUGCGCACUGCUUGCAUUUCAAGACCUAGACUGUGUAAGUAUUCCGCUGUUGCGGAACCGUACUAAAUGGAUAACUUCUCAACUUCAAGCGUAGCGUCUACCCUACGUAUAACUACUCGAGUUCUCCAAAAUACCAGAGAAGCGUGGACCCAUGCGGGCUUACUAGAUACUGGCGCUAGACGGUCUGUGGGCUCGUUGGUGUAAAGGUUUUGGCCGUCGUCGACGUCGUAGCCAGAUACGAAAAACAUACCAGCAAAAACAGAGGGGCAAGCCUUGCGACGGUUGUAACUUGCGUCAGUAAGUGAAGCUAUGCGGGAUUUUUCUGCUUUCAUGGGGUGCAUGCGAAUGCCAUUCCCACGAUGAAAAAUAGCAGCCCUCAAAGUCUUGCUUAGAGCAAUGACGUCGCUCCAAAUUGGACUCGCAACUGCCCGGGAACCAGUCAAGGCGCCAGAUAACAAGUCCGGUCUUUUUUUGUAAGUUAUCCAGUUUGUUAAGACGACCAACCAUAGCACGGGAGAGACUAUGCCAAGCUUUAUCUGCGGCUUUGCUAUCUGCUGGCCUUUGGGCCAAAAAGGUCGAUGUCUUAUUCCUUGAAAGAUCGCCUGCCGCUCGCGUCUCUCUCGACAACUAAGCCACGACCAAGAAAAGGAAAGGACUGAAGUAAAGACUUUGGGCUUUCUUUCCAGUUGUCUCCUACUAGAAAGUAUGGCGUAACUUCUUUCCUCGCCUCUUUUAUUUGUCGUCACCUCCCCGAAGGGUAUCGCCUACGUGAAGACAAACUACGCCAGAGGUUUUAUGUUCUGGUGGUAGAGUUUCAAUCUCAUAGACUUUCUCUCCUAGCUUUUGGGCUUCGGCUUCACCUAUGUAAGCUUCUGACUUAGUGCCUCGGAUGACAUUGCUGGCGGUGUCAGUAACGAGGACGAAAGUGCCUGGGCCUCAUCGUAACUACUGAGAACCUACUUCAGAAAGUUUCUUUCUUAAAGUACGAAACCAACCACGAGGAGCAUCAGUAAGACCAUAGCCAGCGCGAAUAAAAAUGCAAACUGAGUCUUCUUGGGAUCCCAUAACUUCACGCGCUACAUCUUGAAGCCCAGGAGGCAGAUAGAAAGUCAACAGGGGGAAACUCGACGUGAGGUCGGGGCUUGGGAUCCUCUAACUCCUCAGCUUAUAGCGACGCGCCUAAGAAGUCUUCGCCGUAUAGGGGCCAGCCCUCAUUUUUUAAGUACUUUUGAAGCGCUAAGUUUAGUCCUUCUUGGGAUGCCGUAGUAGUGUCUCUCCGCACGUAUCCAGAUCUAUCGUCGUUUUAGGAAAUCCGCGAGGUACAUAGCGCGCUUUUGCUUUCUUUAAGAGACCAUCUGUAGGGGUCUUGAUGCCUAGAAUUAGUCUAGAAGUGAGUGGCUUGCGAGAUGGGUCCCUUUUACCUACAACGAAAGCCCUGAACUUAUGUAAUGCGCCUAGUUCUUGACGUUGCGCCUCUUUAAGUUGGUCCAUCAAGUAACUAAGUUACGACCUUCGGAGAAAGAUGUAGGCAAGUCUUGUGCUGUGCCUUUUGUUAAUAAUUCAGCCGGAAGAUUUAACUUGGUCUCCUUGGCUGGGUUGCUGGCUGUAAUCUUUUCAGGUAUAGGAGGCUUAGGACGAGAAUGGAAAGGGGCUACGACUCCUUUACGCGGAAUUGCGUCGCCAACUAAUCGCUUCGCUUGACUGUCAGGCAACAAAAGACAGCGCUCUUGACUUAGGUCGAUGCCUCGAAUUACCAUGAAGAAUCCUGCCACGUCCUCGGUGAGCUGUUAUCCUUUCGAUGUGGUUACCUUUACCGUCUGGAUUUCUAACGUAUUCCAGUAGUGAGAAGAGUGGGCCUCCAUGCUGUAAGUGGGUCAUCUCGCUACUAUCUGCAGCCAGGUGCGCCUGAAGUACGUCACAAAAUAAAAACCACACAUCUCAGAAAGAGAGGCGGGCUCUGGAUCAGGAUUAAGGUCUUGCUGUACGAACAGGGCCGAGGCGUCGUUUUUAGUGCUAGAACCGUGCGUCAGAACAGUCAGCGCUAUAGAAUGCUGGCAAAGCUCUAGAACGAGAUCGACAAGAAGCCAAAGUGUUAUCCUGGAGUUCCUUCCUGCCGUUCUUCAGUGAGAUACCCAGGUAGGAUCUUGGUUAGAUAGCGAAGCCGGCUGAUUGUUAGCGCACUUACGUAAGCUUGUUGCUGAGCAAAAGGUAGGCAACGCCAAGAACUCAGCCAGUUCUUCGCCAGAUAUAGCGCUACAAUAUCUAGCGUCCGACGUAGAUAGGUCAACAUCACUACGACUAGACUGUCCACACUGUUACCAAUGCGGUGCUCGAAGUCUUCACUUUCUAAGCUGUCGGAUGCUGUCGCUAGUGGUAGUCUAAUAAUCGUUUUUGCAUCCUUUUGAAGUCUAAGCCCACUAGCGUCGUGAACUAUAGCAGUAGGCUUUUGAAAAGUAUGACUAAAGACCAGCACUAGCUGCAGCCCUGAAGCUGCUGCUUGUGGAAUAGUCCUGGAAUAGGCCUCAACGUCCGCAAAUACCUCGCCACAGGUUCCGCCCAAAAGGUUGCUCCACUUUUUGUUACACUGCGCAGUUCCGGACUUGCGCGCGCAGUCGCCACCAGUUGCUUUGAGUGCUUGAUGCGUAGCCGUUCUAAUUUCUUCGCGCGGUCGCUGUGCUUCGCUUUGGGAUCAGCCUGAGGAAGAUGCGGGGCAUCAGAAAUGUCAUCGGCCGAGGCAGGUGGACAAGAAGAAGCACAAUUUUGACCAUCAUGCUGCACCGAAGAACUUGUAGCGGGAACUUCGACGUAUAGCGCAUCUGCAGAAGGUAAGAAAGCUCGCGCGUGUGAAACUUCAUGCACGUCGCCGCUGGUAAGCCGGACCACCGCCACACGUUCCCCUUCGCCACGAGUGCCGAGCACUUCCGCAUCGCGCAUUCGCUUGACUCCAAGGUCCUUAGAGUCAGACAUGGGCAGUCUGCAUUUGUCACCAUUUCGCCACGCUUCUAAUUUUCGUCCGCGGCUUUCGCUGUUGUUUUUAAGCUCCGUAAGCUCUGCUUCCACAUUGGCGGCCAAUGCUGCUCGCUUUCGAAGUUCUUCUCUCUGCAAAAGCAUCCGGCCCAAUGUGGAUUCGUCCGUAGCUGGUGGUAGUGCAAUCCGUUGGGCAGAUAAGGGCCUCCCGAAAUACUUCCUGAUAUAUGAGUUUUUCGCUUUUUGUCCCCAAGCGCAAACGUCGUCCGUGGUUAACUUGUCGACAUGUUUCGCAUCGACAUUGGCCAACUUUUCCACUAUGCGUCGGCGUACUCGAUUGCGUGACUCUACAAAGUUAGCACGCCGGUCGGAUGUCGAGCGAUAGUGUAUCAUUUUGGUGGUACGGAGAAACAGAAAGCACAAGACUUGCCCGCUGACGAUUUCCUUUCCGUUGUCGCUGAAGAUUGCGCCGGGAAGUGAGCCAAAAACCGUCGCCCAUUUAUCCAAAGCUCUGCAGACAUCCGCUCCGGUCGGGUGUCCUUCUUGAAUGACGACGAUCAAAGACCAUUUGGGGAACGCAUCAACCAAGUGCGAAGCUGCGUACUCGUCUCCAUUAAAUUUCAGGAAUAGCAAUAGAGUAUCCAUCGCGACGCACUCACUGAGGUGACUAAAUUUCUUGGAUCGAGGUGCUGCUGGCUUUUUACGAAGAGCGCCCUGGCAUAUGUCGCGCAUCUCAUAGACUGCAUCCGCUAGGUGUCGAGGUAGUCCAGUGCUGGAAGAUCGUUCGCGCAUUUGGUCUGGAUGUGGAUGAUCACGUUGGUGAAGCUCCUCAAUUAGUUGAUACGUCCAAGGGAAAGGAGAACCGAGAUCCUCUGACUGUACUGCUUGGUAGAUGAGGAAUGUACUGCCGUCGGGGGUAUCUUGAAUCUGAGACGUGCGCCGCUGUCGGUCUUGUUGCUGCUGAGUUUGGUGAAACGUAGAAGAAGCGACUUGCCAUAAAUCAUUUUUAUGCUCCAUCGGGAAUCCGCUUCGUAAGUUCGAAAACUGUAAACCUGGAAAAUCGGUCACGUAGUCUUGAGGCAAUUCUUGUCCUAAUAAAAAUGGCGCAUUUGCUCCUGAUUGGUAUGAUCUGAAGCGUUUUAGUUGUGCGGGGAGGAGUUGCUCGCUCCUGUGUUGCUUCCUUGUUCGCGCCUCCCGCGACCUUGAAGAAUUUCCGCUCCGUAGUAGGAAUGUCCACGAUCUCCACGCCUGCCACUACGUACAUCUAGAAUUUCUUCAGUUUGAUGCUCUCCAGCGCAACUGUCUGAACAACCAGAGCCCAGCACUAGGCGAAGCUUGGUAUCCUGUGCGCCGUCUUCUUUGAACGAUAUGAAGCAGCAUCCUCCUGCAAGCUCUUCUUUUUUCUCCUCUCCGGUUAGUCAAGGUUGACCGUGUCCGCUCCCGUCUUGUUCAGCAUGAUCUUGGUGUUGGUCCACAGUAUCCGCUUCCACGAAGUACGCGCAGCCAUCCUGGCGAUACUUCUUGAUGUCGUGCUUGUUCUUGCUGUUGCCUUUGUUCUGCGAAGAAGAAGACGAAGAAGAAUUAUUGUACUUGGUGUAGUAGUUGUUGCUGUUCCACGAAGAAGAUGAAGAAGAAGAACUAUUUUCACCAUCGGGCGCAUUCUUGCCGAGUCCAUUUCCGCCUUUGCCGCUACCGGAAGCCUUGCCGUAGCCUUUGUUCUUGCCCUUCUUGCCUUUGCCCUUGGACUUCUUGCCUUUGCCUUUCUUGCCGUUUCCCUUUUUCGUUGGUGCCGAGGCCCAAAGCAAAGGGUCGCAGUCACCGCAUCGCCCUGGUCGUCAUACUGCCACUCCUUGUUUCCGUGCACAUCAUGCAAAACGGUGUCGAGCUUGGACGACUGGACGUGAAGAGCUGCUCGAUCACGUUCUGCAUCUUCUCUACUGUCUCGGUGGUAGAUGCUUCGCCAAUUUUGCGCAUGUUAGACGAAGCUUGGAGUGCCACCGCUUUAAGUCCCGUAAGCCGUAAUCCGGUAUACAACGCGUUCCACAGUUCAGCACUAGUUGGAAGGUAACCAUUUCCGCGCACGGUGUUGGCCAAAACUUUGAAACGUGCAGUAGCGUCCACAUCUGACGCACCGCCGGCCUUUUCGAUGCGGGGCGGAGAAUAUUCGGCAACGUCAGCAACUGCGUCUGCCAUUCCGCAAUCGACCGUGGUGACAUGUCCCAAGCGUUCAGUUAGCGUUUUGGUUCGGGUCAAGUUCUGAGGCUUCUUGUCAUCGCAAACGUAUUCGGCAUCCUUGUCAUGGGUCAUAAAAUCGGCCCCAUGUAACGACACGCCGUCGCAGAUGUUGGCGCAGUUUGGCUGUAUACCAUGCAGCAAGAUACGCGGCACAAUUUUCGUAGUUGCGAUAUCGUGCUGGAGAUGCCAGAGAUUCAAGUUGCGGGCGUAGGAUCUCCAUGGGUGUGAAGGCUGCCAAAUCGGGCAAUUACUUUAAGCUUUUGCCGAGCUUCCUGCGGGACGAGAUGGCAGAGCACACAUUUUCGGACAGUGCGUCUGUCGGCUGCUAUGUGGACCAAAUUAGAGUAACAACCUAACUAGGAGGAGGCCCGUUAAGAUAAGACUCCUUUUGUAGCUGUGCGUGUGUCAAAGACUAAUACUAGCAGGCGCAAGAAAUAGUUUGGCGUGGGUGUUAAACUUUGUUGGACCUUCGGGGUGGGAUUGCAAACUGGCACCGAUUUGCAAUCGCAGCCCGAGGAUCGGAGAAGAAAUUUCUCAAGAACUUAACCAAACACCAUAGGGACCCAAUCAGUUAGCGCACUUCUUAGAUUUGUGCGGGAAAUUUUGCGAAUGCGUCUUGGAAUGGUAUUAGAUGGGAUCACGCUUGGCGGCCAAGAUGCUACGUGGGCGACUGGAUCUAUAACAAUUAGCACCAAUUAAGGUAGUUGCCGUGGCGUAUGCUCUGGAGGUUUAACCUAUGAUCUACGAGGCCUUUUCACUGAUUUACUUCCUCAGUAUUAUCGUUGCUUGUUUUUACUUAUUUCCGGAAUAUAUUUCAAGUCUUUCUUCCUUGUUGUUUACUCAAAGAACCAAAAACAAAAGAGGGGAAGACUGUGUAUAUGCGUCUACGGGGAUUCUAAACCUAGUCGACGCUACCGCGACAGAUUCUGUAUAUUGGGCUCUUCCUCCUCCAGUGAGUGAACGCGUUAAGUGCCAAGAGUGUUCUUGGGUUGAGUGGUGUUUAUUCCAAUGCGUCAAGCGCCUUUUGAAAAGGUAAGCGCCAGAGUGUUUUUGUCUUGUGUGUGUUUUCAAUGCGUUGCUACUUAGGUUCGUUCCUCUUUUAAGCACUUAAUUACUCAACUAAAUCACUCCAAGGCUUUGGCUUUUCUUAUGGCUCAACUCUCAACAGAUCGCCAGCAAACAACUCAAACAGAUUGGCGCAGUGUGGAUUCUCUCACUCCCAAACUGUUAAAAAUUUCAGGGGGGUCAAGGUAGCUACUUGUUUAGGUAGGUAAGUAAAAGGCGCAGCAGCAGACCGCACUGCGCUGAAGGAGGCAGGCCUGAACCUGAGUCACGGGCCACUCUUUCAUCUGACAGACGGCCGUGCUCUCUUGCGGGCGUGGCAAGGCGAUAUCUGGCGCUAAAUGGGCCGACUUUGGGGCGGAGGCCGCUGGCUUGGGGCCGUGGGACUUACGGAACGCCGCAGAGCUGUUCGUGACGCGUGACGCCCACCGCGUGACGCCGAGAGCUUCGGGGGGAGACGAGACGCCUGGGCUUAAUUUUAAGCGUGACGCAGCACGCAACUCAUUCGCGCGAUGUGCUUCGCGUGACGUGUCACGCGGCGGCCGGCGCGUGGUCCGUGGGUCUUUGAGCGAUCGGGGGAUCUUUAACCGAUCCGCGGGCCUUUGAUCGAUCCGCGGAGCUUUAAUCGAUCCGCGGACUUUUGGUCGAUCCGUGGGUCCUUGAUCGAUCCGCGGGUCCUUGAUCGAUCCCCGGCCCCGUGGUCGGUUUUGGCCGAUCUGUGGAUCCUUGAACGAUCCGCGAACCCUUGAGCGAUCCGUGGAUCCUUGGCCGAUCCGUGGGCCUUUGAUCGAUCCGCGGAUCUUUGAUUCAGUCGCGGGCCCUUGAUGGAUCCGGGGAUCCUUUGCCGAUCCGUGCGUGGGUCACUGAUCAACCCACGGGUCACUGAUCAAUCCACGGGCCACUGAUCAAUGCGCGGAUCACUGGCUGAGCUGUGGGUCUUUGAGUUGAUCAAUCGAUCCACGGAUCACUGACGAGUCUGCGGGUCUUUGAUCAAUCCGCGGAUCACUGACCAAUCCGCGGAUCACUGAGCAAUCCACGGAUCACUGAUCAGCCAGCGAGUCGCUGACCAAUCCGCGGGCCACUGAUCAAUCCGCGGAUCACUGAUCAGCCAGCGAGUCGCUGAUCAAUCCGCGGGUCACUGAUCAAUGUCAAUCCGCGGGUCACUGAUCAAUCCGCGGAUCACUGACCAACCAGAGUCAGCGGAUCACUGACCAAUCCGCGGAUCAAUGACCAAUCCACGGGUCACCGAUCAAUCCAAGCCAAGGAUCGCUGAGCAAUCCACGGACUGCGGAUCGAUUCGCGCCAUGCGUCUCGCGUCAUGCGUCUCGCGUCACGCGUCACGCGUCAAAGAAGAGCAAGAGGAUCACCCUUUUAGCAGGGGGGUUACGCGGUAGGAUUAAUGUGGACAGCUCUACGGCGUUCGGUCCACCUUACGGCUUUUGGGGCCAGGCCAGUGGACUCCAAGGCCCAAGGUCGGCUCAUCCUUCCAAGCGCUUGGCAGCGCCUUGGACACCCGCUGAUCGAGCCUGGUCGUCGAAGUGGGUAGGUGACUCAGGCUCUGGCCUAGCUCUUCCUUCGCGCGCGUGCGUCCGCUGCUGGGUCAAACUUAACAAGCUGCUCAACUACUUACUUUAAACGGGUGCUGCGCCCCCUUGAAUUUUUUACCAAAAUGAAGACUCGCUAGCUUUUUCGGCUCUCCAUAGUAGCCAUCAUUCUUCAAGACGAUUGGUUCGUCUGUGUCCUCACUCUCGAUGAACCCACCUGCCCUUCCUCUCUGACUCAUCCAGACUUAGGCCCGCCUACCACUAUUGCGCACUCUUUCUACCACACCCGCCAGAUUUCUUGGACAUAUACGAAAAAAAAUUCCACCGCCGCAAUAGGGUAGCCAGCCUCUUUUUUGGCUCUCGUGGUGGUAAGAAGGAUACGACAGGCGGCGACCCGCUGAAGCCGUUGCCGUCCCCGUACAGCCCGACAAAUGGCCUGGAGCAGGUAUUUGCGCUCGCUCUAACGCCGCAGCUUUUCGACGUGGCUCAAGAUUAAGGCAAUCAGUGUGCAGGAGUGUCGCGAGUGCUUAUCUUGUCUGUGCUAUUGUCAUCCUGUUCCUCUUGGUCCAUCAGAAUCAGAGGGCCCGCCCAGUUAUUGAUGUCGAAGAAUAGCGAAGGCGCCCGGCAUAGCUAGUAUUAGACCAGGGCUUUACUCGCUGGGGCCAUCCUGAUAGCUUGGCAGUGUGUGAACCCUCGGAGCGGGACUCCCCUCCCAAGGGCCGCCGCCAGGGGGGUCCCAACCCUUGGGAGGCUCGGCUCGGAGGUACCUUGGAGGGGUGUCAAAAAGGGGGACAAAAAGGGCCCACUCUGACACCCCAAACGGCCUGGGCCAUUUGGCGACCAUUUUGGGCCAAAAAGGGCAGCCUUAAAAAGGCACCCCCUGGCCCCCACUGGGUGGGGCUGUUUCGGUCCUCGCAAAAUGACCCGGUCGCUUUUUUUCAAAAAAGGGGCGCAAAAUGCACCCAAAAAAGUGGCCCGUCAUGUUUUUGGCCAAAAAGUGCCGCUGCCGGGCACCCCUUGCAUCACUCAGGCCUCCGCGUCGGAGGUUGGCCCCAUGGACGGCGAGCCAGGUGCCCUCAGCAGCUGCCUGUCUGCGAAUGUCCACGACGCCGAAGGCUUACGGCCACGCGAUCGCCGGGGCGUAUCGGUGUGCGCCAGGCCUUGCACCUGGCUGCACUUUUCAAAGAAAAUCUAUUUGGUGCAACGGGGCAAGCCCUGGCCGAGUAGAAGGGCUGUGCACUACUUCGCUCGGCUGGCGCCCGGCGUGCGUGGUGUUUAGUAUUCGGCGUUCGUUUUCAGUGCGUGCAUUUAGUGGCGCCUAACUUGUGCUCUCUAUUCCAUUCGGCGUUCCAUUUUUUUUGCCCUCCCUCCUCGCCCCUCCCUGCGGCGUGAUGCACUCGCCCGUUGUGGCAUCUGGCGAGUGUCGCGCGCUUUCAUAUCGUUGCUAGAUCGUCUUUCAGUCACUACUCAGCGAACUCGGGUGUUCUCUUUCCAUGAGUUCGCAUGAAACCGAUGCGCCGCUGGCGGGCUAGUCUGGCGCCGCGUCGACAGCCCUACCUAGCAAAAUGGGGCCUUUCCUAAUCCCAUUUCUGUCAGCACCUUCAAGGACGCGCCUCAGCUAAACUACACUGAUACACAUUUGCUGGGAAGGGGGGGCGCGUGUCGGUUUGUUUGGUCUUUCAGUUUCAGUGGCUAUCGAUGCCGGCAGGGUGGAAAGGGCGCGACCUUGUUCAAGAAGAUGACUGAGCGAGAACGGCCGCCAACCUGCAAGGAAGCUCUAACAAAAGCUGUGCAAGAAGUCUAUCGGAGAAAAUGGCAAACGCAUCAAAGUGAAGGCUGCUGCCAAGCUCGGAGAAGCCUGUGCGCGCAUGAUUAUGGCCUCGUUAACUCAUAAAAGACUGUCGUGCACAGCUAGGGCGAUGAUUCACGGCGGAGGCCAUGCUCGUCGCCUGGUGGGCCUUGGGCUUGAGCCUUGGGUCGUGUAGUUGUAUAUUUAAUUGGCUUCGCCAGCUGCUUCCCCAUAACGAAGGGCAACGAAGCACCCUAGCCCUUCUGUUUCUCUUCGUAUAUUUUCAGUAGCUCCUUUCCUUUCUUUGGAAUAUCGGAUGACUUUGGAUUUGGUUUCUUUGAUUGCAGCAGCCCAUAGCGUCCUCUCAUUUAUUUCUCUCGUGCGUUCUUGUGGCUGGUCGAGCAUUUUCUUUCGCAGAUGCUGUAAGGGCUGCUCGCUGAGCACGGCGACCCUAAUUAUCUGUGCAUUAUUGAGAUGAAACUAAAGCGAAGUUAUUACUUUCGUAGAAGUCUUGUUUGUCUAAUUUUCAAACCAGCACAGUCGGCUAUUUAUUUGA